AUGUUUUGGGCACAUCGAUCUCUAUGUUCUGUUCGAUUAAUCUCUAAUAGCUUAAUCCGAUGUCUUCCUCGUAUUGCUACAUCUCAUGAACAUUCAGCAAUCGAAAAAAGUUCUGAUUAUGCAGUAAUUAAUUCAUCUCAACAGUCACAAACAAUUAUAUUCAAUGAUUAUAAUGUUGUUAAGCCGACUUCGCCUAGAGUUCAUUCAAGACCAGUUCCUAAAUCCGUACCAAAAUUAAUUGAUGUACAAACUGGUUUAAAUCAUUUUAUAAAUGAAUGUGAUGAACGAAUGUUAUUGAUGACUGUUGAAAAUAAAUAUAAAUUAUUUGAUUGUAAUAAUGUAGCAACUUUUAUUCAACGUCUUCAUGAAUUAAAUCUAAAACGUGAUUCUGAUGAAAAACAUCAUCAACGACUUUAUGAUUUUGUUGAUUAUUUAAUAUUAAAACAUGGACAACAAUUAGAUUUUGAUCAUGUUCUAAAAAUGUAUUUUCAAUUAACAUCAUUAAAUGGUAAUGCUAAAUUACAUUCACAUUCUGGGAAUUAUGCAUUAAAAGGUCUUAUUCAAUUAUUAAAACAUUAUGUUAAUAAAUAUCAUUUACAAGAUACUGGUCGUAUAUUAAUAACACUUGAAAAAGAUCUUGGUUGUAAUAUACAUGAAGAUGAACGAAUUCGACCAUUAUUUGAUGCACUUUUACUUCUAACAAAAUUUCGUCAAAGUGAACUUGAUCGUUUAGAUGCUCAAGCAUUAGCUGAAUUAGCUUAUGUAUUUGCAUUGGAAUUUGAUCAUGUAUAUUUUACGAAUAUUUUAAAUGAAUAUAUUCAUGAUGAAUUACAUCAUAAUAAAUAUUCUACUAUGCUUAUGUUUCGUGCAUUAGAUCGUCGUGGUUAUAAACAUAAUCGAACAUUAGAUAUUUGUCUUUAUUUUGUAAAUGAAAACAAAGAAAUGUUUGUUGAAGAAAUUGAUGAAAUUAAACAUUAUUUAAAAAUACUUGAAUAUGAAAUGACUGAAGAUUAA